AUGCACGCCCCAAGCCUCUUCACCGCCCUGGUAAUGGGUGUGUCGUCCGUCAGCGCCUUCGCCUUGACCCCGAGGCGUCCGGCGGCCGUCAACUCGGUGACCCUCUGGAACGGUGUAGAGAGGAAGGACGGCAGGGAUGCCAACGGCAACCCACUUGAUCCCCAGUCCUACACGGUCACCCUGAGCGAUGGACCCAACUCUUGCUUCAACCUCGCCGAUCUGGACAUUGACAACAAGACUAGCUCCGUCAGCGUCCCGAAGCAAUUCAGCUGCACGGUCUACGAGUGA